GGAGCUGGCAACUGUCUAGUCUCACCUCUAUCUUCACGAAUGUCCCAUCCACCGAUUCAUUUUCACAUCUCCCGCUGUAUCUCACUCACUGUUUCCUAUUCCCUUUUAUUUGAUCCACAACUGCCAGUUUUACCAUCUCUCCACCCAUCUCUCUCUCCCUCUCUCUCUGUAUGUCACUGUAUGUCGAUUAACCAGUCAUGGCAGUGACAUGUGGAAUUUUUCAUUACCUCGCCCCGGGGGCACCAUGUUGUCUGUGCCUGUGUAUCCUGCUGCUUUUUUUUUUUUUUUUUUUUUUUCCACCCCUGCCUUCUCUCUCCCUCUCACACUCAUUCUCUCUCUGUGGUAUUAUUCAGAGUCAGCCACUAGCGAGCUGUGAUUUGUUGUUUGUUGUGCAGCCAGCUACAUGGGGCAGCAGUAGCUGUCAGUGACUGAUCUCCUCUCCAUGGCCUGUCAUCCCUCCGGCUCUGGCUCCUACACCGUGGUGAUAUUCCCGCUCAGGACCAGCCUCCACAGCCUGGACGCACUUCGCUUCUACCUAUGGAUUAAGCGUCUGAAGGAUCUGGAGAGGGAGAAGGAUGCUCUAUGGUGUGGUAUGGAGAUUCUGGAGAACACUCGCCUCUGGUACCUCCAGCGGCUGGAGGAAAACCGCAUCCGACAGGAUGACAUCGAGACCAAAAGCUCGGCCCUGCCUCCUCAGGUCUCGUAUCCAGAGGGUAAACGGCUCUCUGGGCUCAGUGAUGACCGAGCCCAAUGUCAUGAGCAGCAGCAACCCCUCUCUGCCCGAAACAGUGGCAGACAGCGACCUCCGGUGGCACAACUCAGUACUGACUCAGGAGGUGAGUAACAAAAAUCGUCAGAUCUCCAUGUUAGAGCUGGAGAGACAUGCUCUCCUUGAGCAGCUUGAUGAACUGCAGGCCUACUGACCACCAGCUACACAAUCACAUAAAUACACACGUCCUGCCCUACAAACUUACGUUUCAUUGUCACACAGUUGAUCACUUUCUAACUACUUGUAAAUAUGUAUUUAAGUGAAUAAAUUACAGUUAAUGAUGCA